AUGGGUGCGAGCGAGAAGCGUUCACCUUCGGUGGAGCGCGAAGAGCAUGCUAUCCAUACCGUCGAUAGUGUGAUUAUGGACGAGAAGCCUAUCCCUCAGGAUGAGGAGAAUCGCGACUGGACCGGGUCUGCGAAAAAGACCGACCCGGAAGAGAUCAAGCUGGUGCGGAAACUAGAUUGGCGGAUCAUGCCGACACUCUGUAUCAUGUACUUCUUGAACUACGUCGAUCGUAAUGCCAUUGCUCAGGCACGACUGAACAACUUGGAGAAGGAUUUGGGCAUGUCAGGAACAGAGUUCAACACAACGGUUUCGAUUCUCUUUGUGGGCUACGUUCUCAUGCAGAUUCCGUCCAACAUGUUGAUCACCAGGAUCCAACCCGGCAUGUAUAUGAGCGCAUGGAUGUUGAUCUGGGCUGUCGUCUCAGGUUGCACGGCACUUGUUCAGAAUUACGGAGGUCUUGUUGCUUGCAGAUUCUUCCUCGGUAUCACCGAAGCUCCCUUCUACCCAGGCGCAACCUACAUGCUAUCAAUCUUCUACACCCGCAAAGAGGUCGCCUCCCGCAUUGCCCUCCUAUACUGCGCCCAAAUCCUCGCAACAGGCCUCUCCUCCCUCAUCGCAGCCGGCAUCUUCGCCGGCAUGGACGGCCUCAACGGCAUCGCAGGCUGGCGCUGGCUCUUCAUCGUCGAGGGCGCCGCCACCGGCCUCGUGGCCCUCUUCGGGUUCUGGCUCCUCCCCAACACGCCCCUGACGACGCGCUGGCUCAACGACCGCGAGCGCGAGCUUGCUCACUCCCGCAUGGAGAAGGAUAAGCUUUCCGAUUCAGAUGAUAAGCAGGCUUCAGCUAUGGAUGGGUUGAAGCAGGCUGUGAAGGAUAAGAGGACGUGGUUGUUCUGCUUGAUGCAGAAUUUCCAUUUGAGUGCUUGCAGUUUCAACUCCUUCUUCCCCACUGUCGUUAAGACUCUCGGCUUCAACACGACCAUCACUCUCGUCAUGACCUGCCCGCCGUUCAUCUUUGCCGGUGCCGCGGGUAUCUUGUUCGGCUGGAGCUCCGGCAGACUUCACGAGAGAACAUGGCACAUCACAGUCGGCCUCGGCGUCGCGAUUCUCGGUUUCGUAGUGGCGGCCUCGACACUCAACACGGCAGCUCGCUACGUCGCCUGCUUCAUUUUCCCCAUGGGAGCCUAUGCCGUGAACUCCGUCAUCAUCGGCUGGGCUUCUUCAACGCUGUCACAGACCAAGGAAAAGAAGGCAGUCGUCCUCGCCAUGACCAACAGCGACGAACCCCGCUACGCAAUUGGCUUCGGUGCCUCUGCCGGCUUCGCUUUGCUCUCGAUCCUCUGCGCUUGGUGGAUUCGUGUCUUGCUUGUCAGGGAGAACCGGAGAAUUCGGGCUUCCACCACGGAGAAUGUGAACUUGUACGGAUACUAG